AUUUCUCGUACAGUCUCUCGCAAGGUGUGGUUCUUGAUGUUAUAGAGACGGAAGUAUGCCGCCGCGGGAUCAACAAGUGUCGUGCGAGAUCCACGUUCGGGGAACGAUCGUGUCAGCGGCGCAUCUUUCCUGAGUCUCUUCUCCUCUCGAUCCACUCGACAUCGACGAGGGACGCCGAGCGAUUAAACGCGAGUGCGUGUUUUUCUCCUAGUGCGAUUUAUCGAAACUUUCGAUCGCGAACAGUACAGGACGAUUCGCGAGUUCCCUCGACCGGACGGACGCGUCCGACGCGUCAACAUUGGAGAACGAACGGUCGAUCGGGAUCGUGGACGAAUCGACCUGGGCGACGGUGUAUCCCAUCGUCGUGGAAUUGGUGCACGCGUGUUAUUGUGACACCUCCGGCACCGACGCACACGUGACCUCGUCACGAGUUUGUUUGGCGCGCGUGUUACACGCCGUGGUGAACGCCGUCAAGGAUCAACGGUUGCAGAUACAAGAAUCAAAAUGCCCAGGAUGUUGCUGUUCCUGGCCAUCGGCCUGCUCGCGAGGGUAUCGGGAUUACCCAAUGGAGCACCACAAGAGACAUGUUCGGAUCUGAUGCCACGUCAUCCCGGCAGCUCCCUCCAAUCGUCAUAUCCGCCUUAUCAGGUGCUACUCGCAGCCGGACAAGGCAGGGUCCGGCUGAUCCUCGGAAGUGAACACGGCCUCGCGUAUGAAGGCUUCAUGAUCCUCGCUAGAGACAUCGACACCGGCGAAUUUGUGGGAGAAUUCACGAAUCUGCCCGAUUCCGCGAGAACCGUCGAAUGCACCCAAGGUGUAAAGAAUGGUGUGACUCAUAUAAGCACGAUCAAGAAGCACAAUCUGGAAAUUGAUUGGAAACCUCCAGUCGAUUAUGAGGGUACCAUUAUCUUCAACUCCACCUUCGCUCAGGAUUACAGCACGUACUGGGUCGGCGUGCAAUCGCCCAAAGUCACCGUCAACAAGCGGUCCAUCGAAAUAUCGACCCUAUCUACGCCCGUCACUACCUUCAGGACCACCACGCCGCCCUACUAUAGCCGCACCGUCAAUUAUGCGACGCAGAAUGAGGAGGACCCGUUCUACACGGGCUGCCACAUCACGAAGAACUGCUUUGGCGCGCCCGUGGGUUGUAUAAAAACCAAGGACUGCGCCGCCGUGGUGGCCGUGAUCGUGCAGGGCGACGAAUAUCAUUUCGAGAUGCAGGCGCGGGGGGAGGCCAAAUAUGUCGCUGUCGGCCUGUCGGACGACAAGAAUAUGGGCGACGACAGCGUAGUCGAGUGCACGAACGAGGACGGUGAAAUUGCGUUACAUAUGUCUUGGAAUUCCGGAAAGCGUAAUACGCGCCAUGCGACGCCGGAAGGUGCGGUCGAAUUGGAAAAUGUCUCGAUCAAGAAUGACGUGAUGUACUGCAAAUUUCGACGGGACAAGCGCACCGUUGUUCAGGGACGUACAUAUGACCUUGUCAAUACUCCAUAUCAUCUUCUCGUGGUCGCCGGCAAAGAUCUACGAAAAAAUGGCGUUGACUUUCACGACAUCGUCUAUCUUGGGACUAGUACCUCGAAGAAACUGUCCGACGUUGGAGAAUGGAUUCCAGCCAGCGACCUACUAAUUCGCCUUCACGGUGCGCUUAUGUUGGCAUCAUGGAUCGGCACGGCCUCCAUCGGGAUGCUACUUGCGAGAUAUUACAGACAGACGUGGGUUAACUCCCAGCUGUGUGGAAAGGAUCAUUGGUUCGCCUGGCACAGGUUCUUCAUGGUGCUCACUUGGUCGAUGACGAUCGCAGCCUUCGUAAUAAUAUUUGUGGAAUUGGGCACAUGGAGUUCCGCGACGAUACACGCUUCCGUCGGCCUGGCUACUACAAUUUUGUGCUUUAUUCAGCCCUUCAUGGCGGCUAUGAGACCGCAUCCUGGCGCACCACGAAGAGCUCUCUUCAAUUGGGCUCACUGGUUCGUCGGUAAUGUGGCAAAAAUAUGCGCCCUAAUCGCGCUUUUCUUCGCGGUACGACUAAACAAGGCCAAACUUCCGGAGUGGGUCGAUUGGAUUCUUACUGCAUAUGUGGUAUUCUACGUUCUGACUCAUCUCAUUCUAACAUUCCUUGGAUGCGUCUCUGAUAGACAAGCCAGUCAGAGAGUGAAUUCAUUUCCAAUGAAAGACAUGCAUUCUCGCGGAUCAAUGGUGCACCCAGAUGCGAGGCGAGACGCUCCCCACUCCGGCAUGCGCAAGUUCAUUUUCGGUGUGUACUUUGUGGUUAUCGUCGCGUUCGCCGCGACCCUCAUAGUGAUCACCGUGUUGGCACCUAUCGAGGAAACGUGGGCCACCUUCACCAACACCAUCUCGAGUUACUGAGACCGCUAAUCAACGCCCGUGGAAAUAUUCGUCACUGAUAUUCGUGCUGAUAUUCCUGCGUGAAAUAUUCCGACCGGAUGGCUCGGAGGCUAUCGUAGCCGUUGCAGCGACGAUAUAUUCCCCCGACUCGACUUUCCGUAUGCAAAUUAUGCACGAAGAAUGUGUAAAUCCUUAUUCGUGUAAAGAUGCAAAUUGCUGCGACAGACGCAUGCGCGAGAACGAAGAGAUUAUUGCUGUACUGACAAGUACAGUAUUUUUUACAAUUUCUACAAAGAUUCGUCAAUUUCUAUUUUGCUUAUAUAUCGUAAUUAAAGAUAGAUUUUUCUCUUUGUAUGUAAUGUUCUUAUAAUUUACUUGAAAGAUGCCAAUGUUUCUAAAAUUUAUAUAUUUCAUUAUUAUUAAUAAAUGUUUUGAUUACAUGUGGAAUAUCUUAUUGUCUAUAUGUCUGGUGAAUUUGAGUAUAAUGAUUUUUUUUUUUUUUUCAUCAAGAAACUGCCAUUAGAUUCAAUUUAUAGCAUAAUUAUAAGAAAAUAGAAUAGAAUAGAAAAAAACUCAAACAAUAAUUGUUUCUUUUCAAAUAUAAAAUAUAAGAAAUAAUACGUAAUACGAUAUAUAAUUAUCUGCAAAGAAUAUUCCAAGAAUAGCCCAAUCAUUUGAUAUUUUUUAUAUAUUGAUAAUAUUAAUAUAUACUGGAUACUAUACGUUUUCAUGAUAUUAAUAUAUAUAGAUGCAUAAUUGAUACAGCAUUUUUAUGAUUGACGUAUUGACAAUUGUCAAACGUUUGUAUAAUAAUUGCAAUAUUAAAUAUCUGAAAUUAUUAAUUUAAGUACAUACAUAAAACUGUAAACUGUCUGCGACGUUUCUUAUUGAUUCUUGCAUUUACAGAAAAUAUAACUUGUCUAUCAACAUGAUUUUUAUCAACCUACGAUUAAUAUCAUAUGAUCAUGAUAAAAACAAGAAUCCUGUAAAAUAUUUCAUUUAAUAUCGCAAAUAUCGAUAUAUAUGUAGAAAGCAUAGAAACUAUUUUUAAAAAUUUAGAUCAUAAUAUUUUAAUAUGUUUAUAUUCAUAUUUAAUAUUAAGUUAAAUUAAUAUUAAUUGUUAAGAGUUGAAUAAUGAUUCACUUCAUCGAUUUUCCUCUUUAUAAAUAUUGCAUAUUAAAAUUUUGCAGUAAAAUUCAUUUUUUUUUAUUCAUGUUACUGCUAAAUGUUCUGAAAUCAUUUUUACUUUAUUUUAAUUCCUAAUUGGUGAUUUUAACUUUUCAUUUUCGACAAGAGCUUGAAGAAAAUCGAUGAAAGCGCAAAAGUUUUUUAUAAGAUUUUCAUUUUAAAUGGAGUCAUAGUUAUAUUAUAAAAUUUUGAAAACUUUUUUGCGCAAACAAUGGUGUUAUACUUACAUAAUACAUAUUUAUAAUAAAAUUUGCAGUAUUAUCUUUUUAAAUAUUUUUUUUUGCCACUUUAUAAAUUUUUAUACUUUGUCGCAUUCGACUCUGUGACCGAUCACGAUUGGUAUUGUCAAUGAUAGUGAAUAAUACAAUGUUGCCUUAUUGAUUGUUAAAUAUAUAUAUAUAUAUAUAUAAAUAUAUACAAAAAAGCACACGUAUACGAGCUCUGGAUUCUAUCAAUAUGGCCAUAAGAUAGAAUAAAUGGAGAAGUUUACUGUGUCCUGGAAAUAAAUUGAUAACAUAACAUAUGGGGUGUUCGUGAAAAACGCAUAACAAAAUUAUAAUUCAAUCUUUUAUGUAUGUAGCAAAACGCGUAAAGUUAUUUGUAGAUCCAUAAUUGACGAAACAAUUUUUCAGGUGAAAAAUAUUGUGACGAGUUUCAUUGUUUUCUUUUUCAAUAUUAAUAUAACGAAACAAAAGAGAA